GACCAAGUUUUGGUCGCGUGAAUCAGACUACGAGUCUUGAUCUUCUCUGCAUUACAUUCCUCAUUACCAUUUCUGUAAUGCUCGCUUAUUCCUGCAUUUAAAGCUUCCAUCAUUCACAGAAAAGCAAUGUCGAAUUGAAAUUCCCAGUGACAGUUACAUUCAAUGGACAUAAAGGCUUUGGCAAAAUCAAAGAGAGGUCACACACAACAUCACAACAAAAAGACACACCAUAGCCACAAACCCAAGGCCCCUUCACCAUCUUCUUCUUCAUUAGGCUCCAAUAACUCUGCGAAGAACCCAUUGGUGAACGAGGAGAAGAAAAGCCGUGGUUCUCGGUCUCAGCGUUCUUCUGCGCUUCCUAGCAAUUGGGAACGCUAUGAGGAGGACGAAGAGGAAUUCGAUUCUGCGUCUGAAAGUGCAAGAAAAACCCUAGAUGUUGUCUUGCCUAAAAGUAAAGGUGCUGAUUUUCGCCACCUUGUUGCUGAGGCUCAGUCUCAUGCAGAAACGAGUUUAGAGGGUUUCCCUUCUCUCGAUGACCUUCUUCCUGGGGAGUUUGGCGUGGGAUUGAGAUCUAUGCUUGUGGUCAGGGGAGAGGACAUAGUGUCGUGGACUGGAGAUGAUAAUUUUGUUGUUGAGGAUAAGACAGGUGAAAAUCAGGAGGCAUCAUUUAUGUCGUUGAAUUUGCAUGCUUUAGCUGAAAGUCUUGCAAAAGUUGACAUAUCAAAGAGAUUAUUUGUUGAGUCUGACCUGAUCCCCACUGAGUUGAGUGUGGAAGACUUCGCAGGGGGCAGGAAUGAAGAACAUGACAAACUAGAAAUUACAGAGGACAGUGAACUAGCGACUAGGAUGCCCAAAGAAUUAAAUUUAGAUGAUUUCACUGUAGAUCAAGUUACCUCAUCUAGUUCCUGUAGCAGUAGCCAUGCUGCCUCUACAUUCACCUUGUCCAAUGACUUUACUGUUCCUAUGAACUCUGUCAAUGUUGAAUUUCAGCAAGUUAGCGGUUCUGGUAAAAACAAAGCAACUAUUCUAAGUUCAGGUGCUAGUUUACAUUCUACUGGAGAUACAAGAGGGAAACACACAGCAUUUGAGGCGGCGGCUGCUGAAAAAGAACUAGAUAUGCUUCUUGAUUCACUUAGCGAGUCAAAGGUUGUAGAUCCUCGAGUCUCUUCUGUGGAUCCUCUUCAGGUUUCAAAGAAAGAACCAGUGCCACCCAAAACUGCAUCAGUUACUACUAGUCUAGAUGAUGCACUUGACGACUUACUGGAGGAAACAUCCACUUUGAUGAAGCCAAAUGUUUUAUUACGGCCACCCGAAGAAAAGCCUGUCCUCCACAGCAUGCAAUCUUCACCCUCUGGAAGCAAGUCCAAAGUGUCAGAUGACUUCGAUUCAUGGUUUGAUACACUAUGAUUUGUUAAGUCUUGUAAUUCCUUAUAACGUGUAAUAUGAUGUGUUCAUUACAGCUUAUGCUAAGCGUGACUUUGUCCUUCUCCACCAGAGAGCCUGGUGAAUAAAAAAGGACCUUCUUCCUGACCUUUUUCUUUGGGUCUGAUACGAUCAAUUGCCCACGGUUGGUGCAGGUUUGAAACAUUUGAGUACAGUUGAAACAUUAUAACCAUUGUGU